AACGCAGCGGCACCGACUAUCGCCAUGACAUCUCUGUAAGAGGAAGGUGGUAGAGCGGUGUAGUCCGUUAACAUCUGCCGGGAUGGAGUAUUGAGUGUCACGUGCACACGUUCCGAGCCGAUCGGAACGCGUUGAACAUCGACAAAUUCAUCAGAUGCGAAGUUUACAUAUCUCGACGACUAUGCUCACAACAUCCUGGAUAUGUCGCAAUUGCUUAUCGCGCAUCAGCCGCCCGCUGUUGAAACGCAGCAUCCGCCUCCAGAGUAAUGCUGCAACAUCUGAGACGAUACCACCAGCCCUGCUCUCAAGAGCCCGCGCAAUCGUUACAGAGCACAAAGAGUUGACUGAAAAACUUUCCAAUGGCUUCGAUACGCGCGCUGCGAAGAAGCUGGGCGAAUACAGCCCCAUCGUGAACGCACUAGGGGAGUGGGAUAAAGCGAAUGAGUCUGUGACAGAGCUCACUUCGAUGAUACACGACGCCUCAACCGACCCCGAACUACGAUCACUCGCUUCCGACGAUCUUGGGGAGACACGAACGCAGCUCGUGAAUGCUUCACAAAACCUAAUCACUUCUCUGGUACCCGUACACCCCUUCGCACAUCUACCAUGUCUUCUGGAAAUACGACCUGGUGCUGGCGGUUCAGAAGCAGCUAUAUUCGCUGGAGACCUUUUCCGCAUGUAUUCUGCCUUCUGCAACCGAAAUGGCUUUCGCACAAACCUCCUCAAGUACGAAAACGUGAACGGCACCACUGAGGCUGGAGUACCGCUAUCCGAAGCGAUCAUCGAAGUGGAGAACGACGGCGCAUAUGGCGUCUUCCGAUGUGAAGCAGGUGUGCAUCGCGUUCAACGGGUGCCCGCUACUGAAACUAAAGGGCGUACGCACACGAGCGCGGCAUCUGUACACGUGCUACCUAGUCUACAAGAAAACUCUGCAGAGGAGCAGGACUUCGACGACCCCGAGAGCGACUACUACAUCGACGUGAAGGAGGUCAAGUUGGAGGUCAUGCGGGCGAGCGGUGCCGGUGGACAGCACGUCAACAAAACAGAGUCAGCCGUUCGGCUAACGCAUAUCCCCACAAACACAGUCGUCGCGAUGCAAGAUUCUAGAUCUCAGCACAAGAACAAAGAAAAGGCCUGGGCCCUUCUGCGCUCACGCAUUGCCCAAUCAAGACGAGAAAAGCGCGAAGAGGAGAUGGCGAACAUGCGACGAAGCGUUAUUGGCGUGGCGAAGAUGGGUCGCGGUGACAAGGUGCGGACCUAUAACUGGGGCCAGCAGCGAGUUACCGAUCACAGGAGUGGAACCACCGUACAUGAUCUAGACGACGUGAUGGGAGGUGGCCAAACACUGGAGAAGGUCAUGGAGGGUGUUCGCAGCUGGCUUAUGGAACGAGACGUCGAGGCUUUGAUCGCGGACGAUGCGAAUACAAAGUGACGCGCCCAACGAUAGAAGCAGGCCUUCUGAAGAUAGACAGGGAAUUUUCGCCACGCUCAGUCUCACGAUGUGUACGGGAAGGAACUCAUAUUAAAGAAUGCAUAUGAAGCCUAUUGUAAGAUCCGCGUUCAGCGAGUGCCGAGAAGAACUCGCAUAUAUGUCGCGCUUGUGGGCGCAUUACUCGAAACCUGA